UCAGAGGAGGCCUGAACCUUAGACUUUCACUUCAAUUUAGUUUCCUGAGUUUUUAGUCAUGGGUUUUCGUUUGCCCUUGAUGAUGGUUUCUCAUGUCAAACAAAUUAUGAAACUGCAACCUCUUGCCAAAAACCGGUUAGCAGCAGCAACGGCAGAUGUUCCGAAAGGCUAUUUUGCGGUUUAUGUUGGGGAGAAUCAGAAGCAGCGGUUUGUGGUUCCGAUAUCUUACUUGAACCAUCCUUCGUUUCAGGACUUGUUAAGUCAGGCUGAGGAAGAGUUUGGGUUCGACCAUCCCAUGGGUGGUCUCACCAUUCCCUGCAAAAUAGCCAACUUCAUAGAACUCACUUCUCGCUUGCAGGUGAAUAUCCUGUGAGAAACAAGAUCAGCAAGAAGGAAGCCUAACAGCAGAAAAUUGUUGGUCGACGCCAAUCUUUUUCCACUCUUUUUUAUAUGCAGAGUGAUGACCCAUGUCUUCAAUUUUGACAUGAAGGUUCUUGUCCCCUCAUUGCAAUUUAGUUUGUGAUCCAUUUUUCUUUGAGAUGAGAGGGAAAAGUCUGGAAGCACCUGACAAGGAAGGUUACCUCUUCGCUCAAAAAUGACUGAAGAGAUGGAGAUGGAAAUAGAAUGGGCCAAAUGUUUUUUCCCGGCCAAGUGUGAGAAUUGGUCAUCCCACCUCAGCUUGCCCUGUUUCCAUUGCAAUACAGCCCUGGUAAAAUUUUAAUACAAAGAUGUUCCUUUCAGAAAUCUCCAUGGAGGAUUCUAUUAAUUCAUCUUCGACCUUCUGUUUCUGAUAUAGCGAAAGUGCCUUUCAAUUGACUUGAAGGUUGUAAUUUAGUUUGUAUUGUACUUCUUUUUGAGUUAACUAGGAGGAAUCAAAACAUCAGUUUUGUGGAGAACAUCCUUUUGGGGCCUUUGGUUUGGCCUUCUGAAUUUGUAGAUCUAGUUUGUUUCUAAGACAUUUGGCUGAACAAAAUUAAAGCAUCGCUUUGAUCUUUUGCAUCUAUUUGUCUUUCUCAUCAUAAUAACAAUUUAUGAUUUCAGGUUUUUGGAAGUUAUAUUCUUCCUAUCUCUAAGUAUGAUGAAGUUAGUCUCAGGGCCAC